AUGUGGCGUCUGAGUCCGUCAAGUUCUGGAUACAAGUCCCAAUCGCAGGUGUCUGAGUCGGCCACGCCCAGCCCCACUUCGACACCGCAACUCCCCGAUGGGGAUGACCAGCAAUUGAACAAAAGUGCCGGAAAUCCGGUUAUGUGGGCCGUGAGCGACUUGAGCCACGUUCCAAAGGGCAGCAUCAUCUUCAAUCCUGAGACUGGCAAGCCGUAUAGAAACGACGACGACACCAUCUACUACUAUGAUCCUGAAAAACCCGCACCUGCAGGUCUGAUGUUUAAUCACGUGGGCACUCAGGUGGAGGAGCUCGAUGACGCUUUAACACCCCAGCUGGAAAAAACCCCCAUGCCUUCUCCCAAACACCAAAAAUCUUUGCCUGUGAAGGCACAGCGCCACGCCCGAACCGAAUCGAGCUUCACCAACUCGGCCACCAGUCCAAGUUUGCCGUUUUCUCCUCCUCCAGCACACUCGUCGGCUUCUGUUGGUCGAAACUACUCAUACGUGCAGGCGGUUCAUCCUUGUGAUAACGCCAGCAAUGCGCCGCAGCAACAGUUCACGGAAUUUCCAUCUAAUCCCGCUCCAGAGGGAAAUGUUCCCUUGUAUACGCCGCCUUAUAUUGUCUACACUGCCACUCCCUACGGAGUCCCGGUUCCACAGCAAUUCGACUCUCGGCUGGGCUUGUCCAGCAUGACGGAAAUCAGCACAACAUACUUCGUACCUGAAGCGGCUGGUGCGGCAGCGCCKCCUCCCAUUGGCUACUCAAGCCAGCCUGCUGGCGCUUUUUGGAACCAAUCGCCUGUCACCUUCUACCCGAAUGCGCCCCCACCGCAGCCCCCCAUCCAACCGGCUGUUCAGCGAUACGCUGCCCAGGAGCAACAAGGAUUUGCCCCCGCCCCUUUUCCGGCCGUUGUCAACUACGUGCCCGCCCAGCAGGCUGCGGCGCAACACCAAGGCGGAGAAAUGGUGCCAGUUUACGCCAACCAACCCAUGCACAUGCUGUACCCACAAGGCCAAUCCAAUGGAGGCGUCAUCUAUCAGGGCCAGCCGUCAUUCGCUUAUGCGCACAAUGCUGCCGCCUAUCAGCCAGCAGAACUUGUCAACAAUACGUUCGAUAACAACAAACCGUUGGGCUUAUUUGAUUGGUUCGAAUCGCCGCAAUCGAUAGAAGUGACAGGACAGUAUACCUAG